GAGGAGAAGGGGAAGGGGAAGAAGGAAGGAAGGAAUCAUGCCGGGACUGCUAAUGGAUUUAGGGAAAGCGCAAGUGACCAUGCCGUGAUCUUGCGCAUCCAGGGCCGCCGUCACCCUGCCUUGUCCGUAGAAGAAACACGGGGGAAUCGAACCCGCGCACUGGGUGGAUUAAAACCACUGUGCAUUUUUUUAAAAACAACAUGAAGAUUACCUCCCAUCAUCUGAUGAUAACCAGUCUCGUUUUCAGGUCCAACCUCAGGCUGAUCCCGCUUCUGCUGCUGUUUCUUGGUUACUCUCGCGGGAUGCCGCACGUUUUAAGAUUUGGAGGAAUAUUUGAAUCCAUUGAGAGUGGCCCCUCUGGAGCAGAGGAACUCGCCUUUAAAUUUGCCUUGAACACAAUCAACAGGAACCGCACCUUGCUCCCCAACACCACGCUGACCUAUGACAUCCAGAGAAUAAACAUCUUCGACAGCUUCGAGGCCUCCAGGAAAGCAUGUGACCAGCUUUCCCUGGGUGUGGCGGCCAUUUUUGGCCCCUCACACAGCUCAUCAGCCAAUGCGGUCCAGUCCAUCUGCAACGCUCUGGGAGUGCCCCACAUCCAGACCAAGUGGAAGCACCAAGUGUCCGACAACAGAGACUCGUACUAUGUCAGCCUGUACCCGGACUUCUCGUCCCUCAGCAGAGCUAUCCUCGACCUGGUGCACUUCUUCAAGUGGAGAACCGUCACUGUUGUCUAUGACGACAGCACAGGUACAGGUCUCAUUCGACUGCAGGAGCUGAUCAAGGCACCGUCACGAUACAACAUCCGUUUGAAGAUCCGACAGCUGCCCACAGAGACCAAGGACGCCAAGCCACUUCUGAAAGAGAUGAAGAAGGCAAAGGAGUUCCAUGUCAUCUUUGAUUGUGGACAUGAGAUGGCGGCCUGGAUCCUAAAACAGGCCCUGGCCAUGGGUAUGAUGACGGAGUACUACCAUUACAUUUUCACUACCCUGGACCUUUUUGCCCUUGACAUGGAGCCGUACCGUUACAGUGGAGUCAACAUGACAGGUUUCCGCAUCCUCAACACAGAAAACUCUCAGGUGUCGUCAAUCAUUGAGAAGUGGUCAAUGGAGCGGCUACAAGCCCCGCCCAAACCGGACUCAGGCCUGCUGGAUGGAUUCAUGACGACGGACGCGGCGCUGAUGUACGACGCUGUGCACGUGGUGGCGGUGGCAGUGCAGCAGUCGCAGCAGAUCACCGUCAGCUCCCUGCAGUGUAACAGACACAAGCCGUGGCGCUUUGGAGGGCGUUUCAUCAGCCUCAUCAAAGAGGCACACUGGGAUGGUUUGACAGGACGUGUUCUCUUCAACAAGACCAACGGACUGAGGACAGAUUUCGACCUUGAUGUCAUCAGUCUGAAGGAGGAGGGGCUGGAGAAGAUUGGAACGUGGGAUCCUCCCAGCGGCCUGAAUAUGACGGACAGUCACAAAAGCAAGACGUCCAACAUCACAGACUCUCUGGCUAACAAAUCCCUGCGUGUAUCCACCAUACUGGAGGAGCCAUAUGUCAUGUUUAAGAAGUCAGACAAGCCUUUGUAUGGAAACGACCGUUUCGAGGGUUACUGCAUCGACCUGCUGAGGGAGCUUUCAGGCAUCCUUGGUUUCCGCUAUGAGGUGCGAUUAGUGGAGGAUGGAAAGUACGGAGCACUGGACGAGAGCACGGGCCAGUGGAACGGCAUGGUGCGAGAGCUUAUGGACCAUAAAGCGGACCUGGCGGUGGCUCCUCUGGCGAUCACCUACGUCAGAGAGAAGGUCAUCGACUUCUCCAAACCCUUCAUGACGCUCGGGAUAAGUAUCCUGUAUCGCAAGCCCAACGGCACCAACCCGGGCGUCUUCUCCUUCCUCAACCCUCUCUCGCCUGAUAUCUGGAUGUAUAUUCUGCUGGCUUGCUUGGGUGUCAGUUGUGUGCUGUUUGUCAUAGCCAGGUUUAGCCCGUACGAGUGGUACAACCCGCACCCAUGCAACCCUGACUCAGACGUAGUGGAAAACAAUUUUACGCUGCUCAAUAGUUUCUGGUUUGGAGUUGGGGCUCUCAUGCAGCAAGGCUCAGAGCUUAUGCCAAAGGCGCUGUCGACUCGGAUAGUGGGAGGCAUCUGGUGGUUCUUCACCCUCAUCAUCAUCUCUUCGUAUACGGCUAACUUAGCCGCCUUCCUAACCGUGGAGAGGAUGGAGUCGCCCAUAGACUCAGCUGAUGACCUCGCUAAGCAGACUAAGAUCCUGUACGGGGUGGUGGAAGAUGGGGCCACCAUGGCAUUCUUUAAGAAAACAAAAAUCUCCACCUAUGACAAGAUGUGGGAGUUCAUGAACAGCAGACGUCAGUCCGUAAUGGUGAAGAACGUGGAGGAGGGCAUCCAGCGUGUCCUGACCUCCGACUACGCCUUCCUCAUGGAGUCCACCACUAUCGAGUUCGUCACCCAGCGUAACUGCAACCUCACACAGAUCGGCGGCCUGAUCGACUCCAAAGCAUACGGCGUGGGAACACCUAUGGGCUCUCCGUACAGAGACAAGAUCACAAUAGCCAUUCUGCAGCUGCAGGAGGAAGGGAAGCUGCACAUGAUGAAGGAGAAGUGGUGGAGAGGGAACGGCUGUCCCGAGGAGGAGAGCAAAGAGGCCAGCGCUCUGGGGGUGCAGAACAUUGGCGGUAUCUUCAUCGUGCUGGCUGCAGGACUGGUGCUGUCGGUGUUUGUGGCUGUGGGGGAGGUCCUGUAUAAGUCCAAGCAGAACGCCCAGCUGGAGAAGCGAUCAUUUUGCAGCGCCAUGAUGGACGAGCUGCGCGUCUCUCUGAAGUGCCAACGCCGCCUCAAACAGAAGCCUCAGCCACCCGUUAUCGUCAAGACGGAGGAGGUCAUUAACAUGCACACGUUCAACGACAGGAGACUCCCAGGAAAGGAAACCAUGGCAUGAACACUGGGCAAAAACAAUUGCCCCUUCAACUUAAACCACAGAAGGGGCGGCAAGGGUAAAAUCGAUGCUGACUUAACCACAGACUGAGGUUGGCAGUCCGAACAGGAUUCUUUUGAACCCACUUGCUUAUGUAGACGGAUGUUUCCUGUGGAAAUAUAGAUACCUGAGCAGUGUCACCUCACUGUGACCGCCACUAUAAGAAGGGAGAGACUUUAACGUGUACAUUUGAAGAUCAGAGCGGGACAAAAUAUACGUCUGGUCCAUACUAGAAGUGGACUUAUACACAGAUAACACACAAACAUAUAUGCACACAUGAACAUGCAGACACCUGUGCAGACGGGAAAACUCUUAAUGUGACAGUAACACCUGAUGUAGUUUUUCUGUUGAUGUCAAUGCCCUUUUGUCUUACCUCCAUGUAUGUGUGACCCCAUCCUCCCCUCCCUUCAGUGGCUUAAGUUUCUUUUGAAUGAUUUAACAAUGAUAAUCUCACCAACAAAAGGGAGCGGUAGUCAGUGCCAAAUGGUUUAAUAAUGAACUGAUGUAAAAAAAAAAAAAAAAAAAGUGACGUUUAGUUUGGAAUCAUUUAUGCUGACCUUGUCGAUAACUCAUCGUUUUCUUCUGUAACGCCUUUCUCGUGCCAAAGUUCUGCCAUUGUAAAGAACUUUCUACCAGGCCUGUUCUGUUCAUUCGAACGCCUCGACAAACAACGUAAACUGUCAAAGUCCUUCUCCAUGUCUGUCUUCACAACGCCGUCUGUAUCAGUUGUUGUUUAAAAAUGCAGGAUUUCUACAAAAAUGUUUGUUUUUGUACAAGAACAAGAAGUUUUGUAGUACUUUGUAUCAUGGUAGCCCCCCUCUUGUGGACAAAAUAUGUAGCAGAUACCAACACAGCCCUCAAAAAUCCGUCACCUGUUGGCGAUCGGGCUUCAAACUCUGCUGUAGGGAUCAUUCUUCUCAUCAUUCACGGAUUCAGUCUGUCUGUUGGUAUCGUGGGGCCAGCUGUGCGUACUAUCUGGGGAUAAUGUGGUGGCUUUUUUGAUGGUUAAAACAAUAAAACUGUUUAAGUGGUGCUCAUUGACGGAAAAAAUGGUGACUCAUUCCCAACACUGGAAUAGUCUUUUCAGCAAAGUCAUACUGAAAACAAGUAGCCAAGAUGAGUCACUGUGAUAGACGUAGUAGAGCAAAGCAUUGUUGCUUUUGUUGAAGAUAGACCAGGCCUUCAGGGAAGGGUGUGGGCUUUGAACAGAAUCGAGUCCUGAAGCCUUAUCUAAGGCGAAUACUGCAGAAGAAGUUAAAAAUGACUCAGUGCAAGAAAAUGACGAAGACAGUUUGACUAGUUCAGUCUGCAAGUUUCCACCAGCCACAAGCCUUGGAUCCAGUAUGGGGCGGGUUUAAGCUGUCAGAGCUUGACAAAUGUUCAAAAUCAAUACAGUGAUACUUUGGUGUCGAUUCAAAAUGUGUUGCUUUUUUGUUUGUUUUGCAAUUUUACAAGUGAUGCUUCACUUUGGCUUUGGACAUUUAAGAAAUAUUAGUAAUGCCAAUGGAGAGAAGUCUUGAUUAAAAGUUUGGUUUUCCAUGUCCAGCUUUUCUUCUUUUUGGAAAAAGCAAGGCUCAACUGAUGGAUUUGUGAGGCCCAAAGGAAGACUUACUACAGCAGAUAAUGAUAGCUUAGAUAAAAUACACGUGAUUAGGCACUGACUUCUUAAAUUUAAGGUGAUACACAUCCAACUGACUUGACAUAAAAUCAUCAGAUGGUUUGAUUAUAACUUAAGGCCACACCCAUGUUGUUUGUAGUGACUUCCCAGUGGUGUUCAUUCAAUGAAAAAAAAACUUGAGGUAUACUGGUUUUACAGUUUAACUUCCUGAGACCUGAGCUUUUGUUGGAAAUGCAUUUUUAGUUUCUCCCACUUAUUUGGGAUAAGUAGGACCUGAUAAGGGCCGCAUGGCAGCACAGUGGUUAGUGCUAUUGGCUCACAGCAAGAAAGUUUCUGUCAGCCCAGCUUGGGCGUUUUUGUGCAGUUUGCAUGCUUGGGUUCUCCCUAAGCAUUUUGGUCAUUCCCGUAAGGUGAAUUGAUGACUCUAAAUUGCCCGUAGGUGUGAGUGUGUUUCAGCCCUGUGAUUGACUGGUGACUAGUCGA